ACUUGAAUUCGCCCACCAAAAAAAACUUUUACACCUUUGGGCUAUGCUGAGUGCUUGCCCAAUAUAAAAGUAACAGAAAAGCCCAAAAAGUUUUCUUGGGCCUGGACAUGUUGACUUCUUUUCCUCCAUUCCGAUAUUUCUUAACAGAAACGGACUAGUCCAACCACAAUUCCCCCAACCUUCGGAUCUUCAGACGUCCUAUGUUGGAAUGUUUCUUUCAACAGUUUUAGUGCUUUCAUCUUCCUCCACUAACAACGCUUAAUCUUCUCCACACUCUUGCUCAAUCUUCUUCUUCACAAACCCAACUGCACAUUCUCUUCUCUCAUGUCAGGUUUAGCUUCUAGACCAGAAUGGGUGUAAGUGGAAAAUCACGCAGCAACAAGCGAUCCUCUUCGCAUGCUUCCACCAUAACCACCGUCAUCUUUAUAGCAUUAUGCGUUCUAGCAGUAUGGAUGCUUACCUCCAACUCCGUCACGCCUCCGCAGACCACCACUGCUCACACGACCACUGCUAUUGACACCACCACCAACAAUGCCUUCUUAUCUUCAAACGAACAACCAAAAGGGGAAGAGAAACCCGUUUUUGAAGAUAAUCCCGGCACCCUUCCCGACGAUGCCAUCAAACCAGAUGACAAUAAAUCCCACAGUGACCAUCAGAAAGACAAAGCAAUCGGUAGGGUCAGUGAGUCCGAGGGUGUGGUGAGAGAAGAGCAUGCCCAAGGUUUUCAAGGUGGGGAAUCAACAAAAGAGCAGGAGAACCAGAAAGAUGAUCAUCAGUUAUCGGAGGAAAGCAUACUGACUCAAAAUCAGCAAUCUGCGCAAACUAGCCAGGAACAAUCCCAGAGUGAAGAAAUCCUGCAACUAAAAAGUGAGGAAACAAACAGAAAUAAAGAUGAACAGAGUACGGAACAGCAACAGGAUGAGAACCAUACUGAGUCACUGAAUCAAAUAUCAGAAGAAAAUCAACAACUAGGCAAGCAACAAGAGCUGGAAAACGAUGAAGGGACGAAGGAUUCUAAAAACAAGAAAUUGAAAGACGAUAAGAAGCAGCAUCGACGACAAAAGCAGCAUCAAAUAACAGAAGAAGGUGAACAAAAGAGAAUUGAACAACAGACUCUGGAACGACAACCAACACAAGAGAUUUCUGCCACCACGUUUCCCGAUGAAACCCGAGACGCACAGACAGAGUUGGCAGGCGUUAAACAGUCUGGUAGCCAGAGAACAUCCGUGUUACCCGCACACGACCAUGAUUUUCUGCAACAACAGACAAGUGAUAAAGAGACCAAAAACCAGGGUCCAAAUCCAGAAACCCAAAAGCGUAACCCUCUAAAGGAAGAGAAAUCAACGGAGUCAAACACCGGCAAGUCAUUAGCAUCGGGAAUACCAAAAGAGUCAACGGAGUCGAAGAAGUCCUGGGCGACUCAGGCCACUCAGUCAAAGAAUGAGAAAGAGAGACAGAAAGAUGAUGAAUCAGGCGGUGGACAGAGCAUGUUCGGGUACACAUGGCAGCUGUGCAAUGUGACUGCAGGUCCUGAUUACAUCCCUUGUUUGGACAACGAGAUGGCGUUGAGACAUUUGCACAACACUAAACAUUUCGAGCACCGUGAGCGGCACUGCCCUGAGGAAGGGCCACCGUGCUUGGUUCCAGUACCCCAGUUAUACAAAAGGUCCUUCAAGUGGCCUGAGAGCAGAGACAAGAUAUGGUACCAUAAUGUUCCACACACGAAGCUGGCUGUGGUGAAGGGGCACCAGAACUGGGUUAAAGUAAGUGGUGAGUUGAUAACGUUCCCUGGUGGUGGCACCCAGUUCAUCCAUGGUGCUCUCCAUUACAUUGAUUUUCUUCAAGAGUCUGUGUCCGGAAUUGGAUGGGGAAAGCACACUAGAGUUAUCCUGGAUGUAGGCUGUGGUGUUGCCAGCUUUGGUGGUUAUCUCUUUGAAAGAGAUGUUCUUACAAUGUCAUUCGCACCGAAAGAUGAGCACGAGGCUCAGGUACAGUUUGCACUUGAAAGAGGAAUUCCUGCAUUAUCUGCCGUCAUGGGUUCCCAGCGUUUGCCUUUCCCGAGCAGGGUCUUUGAUCUUGUGCACUGUGCGCGUUGCAGAGUGCCUUGGCACAAUGAAGGUGGUCUGCUUCUGCUAGAACUGAAUCGUGUUCUAAGACCAGGAGGCUACUUUGUCUGGUCAGCAACACCUGUCUACCAGAAACUUAAACAGGAUGUCGAAAUCUGGGAAGCAAUGACAUCACUGACUGCGUCAAUGUGUUGGGAGCUGGUGACCAUCAGGAAGGACGAAUUGAAUUCUGUUGGAGCAGCUAUCUAUCGUAAACCCACUUCAAAUGAAUGCUAUGGUAAAAGACAGGAGAAGAUUCCUCCAAUGUGUAAGAGCGAUGAUGAUCCAAAUGCUGCCUGGUAUGUACCUCUGCAGGCAUGCAUGCACCGCGUGCCUGUUGAUAAGGCUGAGAGAGGGACAAGAUGGCCAAUGAAUUGGCCGCAGCGACUGAAGAAACCUCCUUACUGGUUGAACAGCUCUCAGAUGGGAAUUUAUGGUAAACCAGCUCCCCAAGAUUUUGCAACAGAUUAUGAACACUGGAAAGGAGUGGUGAGCAAUUUAUAUAUGAGUGGACUGGGUAUCGACUGGUCUGAAGUAAGGAACAUCAUGGACAUGAGAGCUGUUUAUGGAGGGUUUGCAGCAGCUUUGAGGGAGCUUAAAGCGUGGGUCUUAAAUGUGGUGAACAUAGAUUCUCCCGACACCCUUCCCAUAAUCUAUGAGCGAGGUCUUUUUGGGAUAUACCACGACUGGUGUGAGUCCUUCAGCACAUACCCAAGAUCAUACGACCUCCUGCAUGCAGAUCAUCUUUUCUCUAAGCUUAAAAAGAGGUGCAAACUUGUUCCUGUGAUGGCAGAGGUUGAUAGAAUGCUCAGACCUGGAGGGAAAUUGAUUGUGCGCGAUGAAUCCACCAGUAUUGGUGAAGUUGAAAUCUUGUUGAAGUCUCUGCACUGGGAGGUUCAUUUCACCUUUUCCAAAGACAAAGAAGGAAUACUCAGUGCCCAGAAAGGUGAUUGGCGGCCAGAUACUUACCAAGCUUCCUCAUAGCCCUUGUGAGAACAGGAAUGAACUGCUAUUGCCUGCCUACACAACAUUUCAGCAAAUCAUAUAUGAAAGUGGCAUUAUCAUCAGUAUAACAUAUAUAAUACCUUCUGUUAUUGCUGCUUGAAUGUUAAACACUGAGCCUGAGGAGUACGAUAAGUACUGUAACUGGCCAAAACAGCCAGAAUAUUUCCUUACAACCCUAAAUGCAAGUACAAUAGUCUUUCAGCCAAAAAUUUCCCUUUGAAUUAUGAUCA